UAUGAAGUUUAUUUAUUUUAUUUUGAAUGCUAUUGUUUUAUGUAAUGCUUAUAAAAGCUAUGAAAAUUAUAAAGUGUAUAAAGUGAUUCCUAGUUCAGAAAUGCAUUUGCAAAUGCUGUCUAAUUUACGAAAAGAUGGUUAUGAUUUUUGGACUGAUGUACCGAAAAUAGGAGAAAAUGUUAGAAUAAUGGUAUCACCAUUGCAAGAUGAAGAAUUCAUAAAAUAUGUAAAAAGUGUUGGUUUAAAUCCUGAAUUAGCUAUACCUAAUGUACAGACAUUAAUAAAUGAUCAAUUAAAACCAAGCAACAGCACAAAACGUAGUAGUCUCGGAUCCUACUCGUGGACAAAAUAUCACAAUCUAGCAGAGAUCCACGCGUGGCUUGAUGAACUGGUGAAUUUGUAUCCUGGUAUAGUAUCAACAAUUACAAUAGGAAAUUCGAACGAAGGUAGACCUAUAAAGGGUGUUAUUAUUGACUUCAAAGAAGGUACAAGAGGUAACAAGCCUCUAAUAGGAAUGCUAGAAGGAGGCAUACAUUCAAGGGAAUGGAUUUCACCAGCUACUGUGACGUGGAUUAUAAAGGAAUUUUUAACUAGUGAUAAUUCUGAUGUGAGAUUAAUGGCUGAGGCUUUUGUGUGGCAUGUUUUCCCAGUCAUCAAUCCAGAUGGAUAUGAAUAUUCGUUUGUUGAGAAUCGUAUGUGGAGAAAGAACAGAAACUACCUUCAUUCGACGAAUUGUAGUUCGGACGAUGAUUUAAGCCACGGCAUUGAUCUUAACAGGAACUUUGAUUAUGUCUGGAUGACAAUGGGAGCAUCAUCAAACCCUUGCGACCAGACCUUUGCAGGACCUUCUCCAGCGUCUGAGCCAGAGACGCAAGCGAUAUCGAAUUAUGUACUAAAAUUAAAGGAAUCUGGCAAUAUGGUCUAUUAUAUUGCUUUCCAUUCCUAUUCUCAGAUGAUUCUCAUUCCCUAUAGUCAUGUUGGUGGUACCGAUGUUCUGCAGGUGGAAAAUUAUGGGGAUCUGUAUGAAAUAGCUACUCGUGGAAUUCAAAAACUGACACAAAAAUAUGGAACUCCGUAUGUCACGGGUACAUCGCGGGAUAUUCUUUAUGAAGUAACAGGGUCAAGUUUCGAUUGGGUAAAGGGUGUAGCAAAUAUCCCUAUAGUUUACCUGUUUGAGCUUCGCGACGUCGGAGAGUACGGGUUUCUCUUACCGACAGAUCAAAUAAUACCAAAUAAUGAAGAAGUUAUGGCCUGUCUGAUUGAAAUGGACAAAACUACAAGGAAUUUGGGUUAUUAUUAUUCGAGUUCAGGAACUAUAUUAGCGUCCUUAAUAGCGAUUAUGUUUAAUGUUGUUCUAUUGGUUGUUGUGCAAUAAAAUUGAUGAUAUUUUUGUUUUA